UUCUGGUAGAGAGGGAGGGGCUUCAUACAGACUGGGGUCAUCAGAAACAUGGCGUGGAGAGGAUGUACAAUAAAUUGGAUCAAGACAGAGUUCAUCAGACCUAGAAAUAUAACAUCUCCGAGGUGUAGAUUCAACCAUUACACUCAGCAGAGAUGUUUUCGACGAGAAGCCAAAAGACCAGAGACAAAGAAAGUCAAUGUCACCCAGGAAUCCAAGGCCUCGCCCUCUGAAGGCGGCACACCGGGACCCCCACCCCCUCCAAAAAUCCCCAGACCGACUCUUCUCAAACCUCUGAUUUUCACAGUAGGGUUUACAGGCUGCUCCUUUUGUGUGGCUGCCAUCCUGCAAUAUGAGAACCUCAAGUUAAAAGUUCAGGCUGCAAAAGAUGAGGAAGAGUCAGAAAAACUCUUACAGGGCACCCAUGACAUGGCAUACUGGCAUGAGUGGUGGAAUCAGCUAACAGGCUUCCAGAAACAACUUAUACUUCUAAUGUCCACAGUUGAUGAUUUCUGGAGCAGCCUCACUGAGGGACAGAAGACUGUCACAGGUAUUAUAGCAUUAAAUACUGCAGUCCUGUGCUGCUGGCGGAUCCCUUCAUUGCAAAGGAAGAUGAUAAAGUACUUCACAUCGAACCCCGCCUCCAAGACACAGUGCCUUCCAAUGCUUCUGUCUACAUUCAGCCAUUACUCCAUUAUCCACAUGGUGGCCAACAUGUAUGUCCUGUGGACGUUCUCCUCAGGAAUCGUCUCUCUCCUCGGGAAGGAGCAGUUUCUUGCAGUUUACACGUCAGCUGGUGUUAUUUCCACUAUGGUUAGCUACAUGUGUAAAACAGCCACUGGACGACUGUAUCCAUCAUUAGGAGCGUCUGGUGCAGUCAUGGCUGUACUGGCUGCAGUCUGUGCUCGAGUGCCAGAAGCAAAACUAGGCAUAAUUUUCCUUCCCAUGGUCACUUUUACUGCAGGAAACGCACUGAAAGCGCUCAUUGCCGUGGAUACUGCAGGACUUGUUCUGGGAUGGCGGUUCUUUGACCAUGCAGCUCACCUGGGAGGAGCCCUGUUUGGAAUAUGGUAUGUUGCUUACGGUCACAAAGUAAUUUGGAGGAAGAGGGAGCCGCUCGUGAAAAUGUGGCAUAACAUGCGCUCUGCAGGUGGAUCCAGGCCUGGAGGGGGUCCUGGGGCUGGUGGUGGUGACGGUGGGAAACCAGGAGCGUAAUAAUACUGUUCAAGGUCAAUGUGAUCUGCUUUUGUUCCACGUGUUCCACAGUUACCUCAGAAUCUGCAAGGAUGCUGGAAAUGCAUAGAGACAGAGACAGAAUUUAUUGUAUAAUAAUAAAUAUUGUGUUUCUUCCAAA